AUGGCUCUUCUCAACGGGUCCUUCGCGACCUUCCUGAUCGUAUGCCCAACAUGCUUCUUCCUAGGCAUCAUCUUCUCUCUGUUCCCCUAUGACUACCCGAUCCUCUGGUCCACCGUCCCAACCCCGGAAUCCCACUUCGACUACCUUGAAGCGCACCUCCGCUUCCUACAUGCCUCCCCGCCGCUGAUCCCGCGCAUCCUCCACAUUGUAAUCUUCCUCGGCCUCGCAGGUCUGAUCUCCAAGCUCUACCGUCCCUCCGAAUCCAACAUGCUCUUCGAUGGCGCCUCCUCGUCCUCUACAUGUGCGGCGUCACCGUCUACAUCGCAAACAUUGUCAAGGGCCUCCGUCUCGCCUCCGCCGAUUCUCGGACGCGAGGACUCGCUUAAGGUUCUCGCCGCUAGUAAUACUAUCCUGGCGCUUGUGCUUGUUGGUGUCUUGGUCCUGCAGGCUGGUCAGUGGUAUGCUGAGCGGAAGGAUGCGCAGGAGUUUGAGGAUCUGGCCAGCGGGAAGAAGGAGGAUGCGGAACCUGAGGCUGUUGCGUCCGGGUCGGCGAAGCCUGGUCGUCAGGGGAGUCAGCGGAAGAAGAGCAAUUAA